UUAAUUGAUCCAUAAACGGAAUCGGGUCCGUUGUUUCCUCCCAUGUCCUUUCUAUCUUUUUCCACAUAUAUCCACCGGGUCAUUUGGGAAAUUGAUAAAAUCAUAAUCAGCCUCAGACAAUGAUUAGAAAGAAUAAACCAACCAAAAACCAACAAUAAUUCCUUUUCCAGUUCCCAUUUUGUAUCAAGAAUUCCAUUAAUCAUUAUUCCAAUCCAACUUCAGUUUCCUACUAAUAUUCUAAUCAUGUAAGGAAUCUUUGUGCCAGGCUGCAUGCCCUUCUUCCUUCUUCUUCUUGAAUUGAAAUUCCAUAUAUUAAUUUGUUCAUUAUUGUUUACUACUUUUAUUUAUGACCUUCCAAUUCCGCCAUUGUUAUGAAAAAAGAUUAUGGCUCGAAAAAUCCCUUCCACCUUUCUUUUCGUUGUCACUUCCCUUGUCUUCUUUGCUACCCUCUAUCAUCUUCAACUUCGUGAUUCUAUCUCCGCCGUCUCCUCCACCGUUGACGAUGAUGAUCUCCGCCCUUCUUCUCCUCUCCUCUCCGUCGCCACCGACCCCCCACCCCCUCCCCCUUCCCCUUCCCCUCCCCCACCACUACCACAAAUCACCAUCACCAUCUCCUCCAAAACCAAUAACCUUGCACUCGAGGAAAACAUCUCUAUCUCAUCCCCUCCUCAUAUAUCUCCUGUCAUUACUCCUUCAACAAAUAAUAUUAUCUCUUCUGUAUCAAUUCUAAUGCCUGCUUGGGAAGUUUUCGUUAUUGUCUCUCCUGAUUUUACUCCUUUAAUUUCCUCUCAAGAGGAUCCUUAUGUUUGUGUAUUUGAAACCGGGGAGGUAUCUCCGGCGAUUCCCGCCGGAGAGCUCCGGUUUCCAGGUCGCACUUUAUUCAAGUGCGAGUUUCCCAGGAGAGCACGUCGGAGAUUGCCGUUUAAACAACCCAUGCUGAUGAAAUCUUCACAAAAGAAGAAUAAUGUAACGCCGUUUAAACAGCCGGAACUGUUACGUUGGACGUUUCUUGUUUAUGACUCUCUAACGACGGAUGACGACGUCGUUUUGUUUGUUAAAGGGUUGAAUAAUCGCCAAGGAAUUAACCGUGAACCCAACGAAUUUAACUGUAUUUUCGGUCGUGGCAAUAAUGUAAUUAGAACCAACGUCACGAGUUCCAUGCAAGAAGUUUUCCGUUGUAAACGGCCAGAUCCAAAUGUUUUGUCCUUUGAAGAGAGAAUUACUGUCUCCCUUGAGAUUGUACGUGCUGUUCCUGUGGUGGUACCUUCCGUGGCUUAUUACACUCUGCCACGUAAGCUAGAAAGUAACGAGAAGACAGAAAGAGCUCGACUUUGUGCAUGUACCAUGGUGUACAACGUUGGCAAGUUUUUGAAAGAAUGGGUUUUAUAUCAUUCAAGAAUCGGGGUUGAAAAAUUCGUAUUAUACGAUAAUGCUAGUGAUGAUGAUUUACCAAAAGUUGUUGAUGAGCUUGUUCAAGAAGGCUAUGAUGUGAAAACAUAUUAUUGGCUAUGGCCUAAAACUCAAGAAGCUGGUUUUUCUCAUAGUGCAAUCUAUGCUAAAGACUCUUGUUCUUGGAUGAUGUACAUUGAUGUGGAUGAAUUUGUGUAUUCUCGACUAUGGUCUAAUUUAUCUCGUCCAUCAAAAUCAUUGUUACAUUCUUUGUUACCAAAUCCCAAGAAUGUACAAGAUAAGAAACAGGUCGCAGAAAUUAGCAUCCCAUGUUACGAAUUUGGACCUUCGAAUAAGAAGUCCCAUCCGAUAAUGGGAGUGACACAAGGAUACAAUUGUAGAAGAAAAAUGGAGAAUAGACACAAGUCUAUAGUAUUUUUGGAUGCAGUUGAUCACUCUUUGCUUAAUGUGAUUCAUCAUUUCAUAUUGAAGCAAGGGUACAAGGGAAAGAAAAUGAGUGUACAUGAUAUGGUGGUGAAUCAUUAUAAAUUCCAAGCUUGGCCUGAAUUUAAGGCUAAGUUUAGAAGAAGGGUGUCAGCUUAUGUUAUUGAUUGGACACAAGAAUUAAAUCCACAUUCGAAUGAUAGAACUCCAGGACUAGGAUUUAGUCCUGUUGAACCAAAAGGUUGGCCACAAAAGUUUUGCGAGGUAUAUGAUAAUGGGUUGAAAGAUUUGACAUGGAGAUGGUUUGUAGUCAAGUCUCCAACUCCAUCACGUUACCGUAUGGCGUGGCAAAGAUGACCAGUUGGAAUCAUUGUUGCUCGGGUCCUCCAAAAAUGCAUUAUUUUUUAAGGAUUUGGAAUACACCUGGUGGAAUAUUUGGAGGAUUCGAGCAAUAUGGGUUGGGAUAUACUACAUGCACUUUGGCCUAAACCAUUAAAGGAAAAGGUCAAGAGGAUUUUGCUUUCGAUCAGAAUUAUAUUACUGUAGAUUAUGACAUGCAGCAAACUGAAUUUUUGCUACACUGAUUGAGUCAAUUGAGGAUUGAAACAUUAAACACAGAGGAAAGAAUGUACCUGCAGCUCUGCUGCGAUUUUGUUUGUUUUCUCUUUAGUUUCUUUAUUACACCAGAAAAGUUGUUCUUUUGAUUCAUUUAUGUAUAUAGACAUGUUGAUUGUUGUUUUGUUA